AUGAACUUCUUCAAAAUCUUCAUCCUCUUCGCCAUUGCUUCCGCUACUCUCCAGCAGCAAUAUGUAAACCGAUUCGGCAACACCAUCAAAAUCAUGAACAGAAACCGCGACCGCGUGGUGAAUCAGGAAGCUUCAGCGAUUCAACAAAUCUACGAGUACGAACUCAACCAGGCCCAAACACUCGAGGACAAAUACCGAGUCAUGAAGCAGUUCUCUUCUCUCGCUAGAACUUCGCCAAACAACCCUCGGGCCAGACGAAGCUUCGCUCGACGACAUUACUUGUCCAACAUGCAAUGA